AUAUACUUUGAAGAUGUGACCAAGACAGUCAGCAGUGAAAAAGCAUCUGUAUCAGAUGCUAUACCACUAGUCAACAGCCUAAAUCACAUGCUGGAAAUGAAGAUAAUGGAGGUUAAAGCCGUUAAAGGUGCCACUAAAUCUUUUGCAACCGAUUUGAAACAUUCACUCGACUCACGUCUUGGUGAAUUGGAAAAGACUGAGAUUUUCCUAGUAGCUACGAUGCUUGAUCCUCGUUAUAAACACCAUCCAUUCCAAAAUCCUGACAGCACUGAAACAGUGAAAAAUAGUUUGAAUGAUAGCAUGACACUGCAAAAAUGUGAUCAGACUUCUGAGUCAACUGGCACUUCUAGAUGUGCCAUUUCUUCACCUGGUCCUUCUGCUACACAGAAGGGAAUUUGGCAGAUGUUCCAGAAAAUGGUUGAUAAGUCUAUAGCUGCUACAACAGCUUCAACUAGGGGUAAUGUAAUUGAAGAACUGGACAGUUACAUGAAGCAGCCAACAUUCGACCUAGGGACAUACCCGAUUGAAUUCUGGUUAAAAGAUGUAAAUUACCCACAUCUGAAGAAGGCAGCACUGAAAAAUCUUAUAAUACCCCUUGGAUCUGUGUAUUCAGAGAGAUUGCUUUCAUCAGCAGGAAACAUUCUCCAAGAGAAGCGCAACAGGAUGUUGCCUGAGAACUUAAGAAAGCUUGUUUUUUUAAAUUCAAAUUUGCCAGUGUUGAAUUAUGACUACUAAAUGUCAACUGCGUGUUUCACAUGAUAUAUUUACUUUUAAGAAUAAAAAUAAAUAAUAUAAGCCUGUGAAGAUAUUUUAAUUCUUAGUAUUGCUUGAUAUAUUAUUAUUUGUUUGAUUUAGCUGUUGGAAAAUGAAAAUGUGAUAAAAUAAUCGGUAAUCGGUUUGUAUCGGUAUCGGCCGAUGUUUAUGUUGGUUAUCUGUAUCGUUUCGGUUAUCGGUAAAGCCUUAUCGGUGCAUCACUAAAAAAAAUACAGAUAAUCCUGAUAAACGAUAACUAUUAUUGGUCA